CUGUGCUCCGAGUCUUUCGCAACAUCCUCUCCUCUGAAACGGUUAGUCCCGGUUAAUCACGUAUUUCUUCUGCUCUGUUUGUGCACCAUGUCUUCCGCAGACCUGGGCCGGGCCCUUUGCAUCGUCACCGGGGCCUCCAGAGGCUUCGGCCGGACUGUGGCCCUGCAGAUGUCCCGGUCGGUGAAGUCGGGCUCUGCGCUCGUGCUGGCGGCCCGCUCCGGUGACGACCUGCGGGCUCUGCAGGUGGAGCUGUCCGGGUCAGAGGCAGGCAGAGCCGGACUGAAGACUGUGUGUGUGGUGGCGGAUCUGAGCCAGAAGGAAGGACCGGAGAGCGUCGUGAAGGCAGCUGCAGAGGCUUUUUCUGAGGACAUGGAGCACAUAAUACUGAUCAACAACGCAGCCUCUCUGGGUGACGUGUCCCGCUUUGUCAAAGACUUCACCAACAUGGCCGACGUUGACUCGUACCUGUCUUUCAACGUCAGCUCCUUCCUCUGCCUCACCGCCAGCAUCCUGCAGCGUUUCCCACAGCGCCCGGGUCUGAAGAGGACGGUGGUGAACGUGUCCUCGGUGUGCGCCCUGCAGCCGUUCUCCUCCUGGGUGCUGUACUGCAGCGGGAAGGCCGCCCGACAUAUGAUGUUCAGGGUGCUGGCUCAGGAGGAGCCGGACCUCAGGGUGCUCAACUACUCUCCAGGUCCAAUGGCUACGGCCAUGCUGGAAGAGGGUCGGUCCAGAACAGGCGACUCCGGACUCAAAACGCUGAUCUCUGAUUUAUACUCUGAUGGGAAGUUGGUCGCCUGCGAGGACUCCUGCGCUAAGAUGAUGAAGCUGCUGCUGGAGGACAAAUUCAAGUCAGGAGAUCACAUUGACGUCUUUGAUGUGUAGACCCGGCAGGACACAUGGAGUCUGAUUUAAUGUGCCUUGAUUUUUAUUAAAACUCUUUACUUUUUUCAUGUUACUCAGAGGAUAGCUUUGCUCUUUACUCUUACUCUCCUUCAGCAGAGAUCGUCCAUCCCACCACGUCAAGUUGUUCAACAGAUUUAUAAUUCUGAAUGAACAGAAUCUUAAAUUAAAAAAAACAGCUUGCUGACAUUCACAGCUGACUGCUGAUCAGCUGAUGUCAUCAUCACAAACGGACGUCACUUCACAUGAUGUUACAGGGGAAAGGAAGUCUCAUGUCUCUUCAAAUAUAUUCCUUGUCCCUCUCUCCCUCGCUCCGUUUCCUUGCGUCUCUCUGUGAAUCUAUGGUGGGAGGGACUAAGUCACAAGUGAGGGAUACAUGGGUGCAACUUAAGAGACUUGGGAUGUACCCAUUGAAUGAAUAAAAAGAUGGACAACAUGACAGCCUCCCUAAAAAAGAAGCCAAAACAUUUAGAGCUCCCCCUAUUGGCCUGCUGCAGUAUAGGUCUUUAAUCCCCCCUCCUCUAUGUAAAGCGGGGUACAAACUACAAGAUAUGAUUCCCCCCUCCGUUCAGCAAAGGCCUGAUUAUCUGUCCAGACGCUCCGAUUUGAAAUCGUAAAUGUUAAACGUGUUCAGUAUUUACGAUCUUAAGUCCUGUUGUGUGGGGAGAACGUCGCAGACAGCCAAGGACGGACUCUAUGAUUUGUUAUGUGGAACGGAACAAUAGCCAAUCAGGAAGCAAGCUGGCUGAAGCAGGAAGCACACCUAUCAUAACCAUGGCGACGACUGCAAACGCAAAGCAUAAAGUCAGAUAUGGAAGACCAACAUGUUGAUUUGUGGCAACAACAGGAGUGCUUGUACAACGUGUCGUGUAAAACAAAACACAAUCCAGUUGGACCAAAAUGUUUACCGUACAGGAUGUACCAGCUAACAGCUCGCCACGUUUAGAUUCAUGAGUGUAAAGAACGUUUUUGUUUGCCUUUUUGUUCAAAUAAAUAAUUUGUUUUCUUUUCAGCAA